AUGUGGACCAAAUUGCUUUUUAUUCUCGGCCCCCUGGCCUCAGUCCAGGCCCUAACGAUCAGACCGCGCGGGCCACUUCGCGAGGAUGUUCACCGAUUCCUGCGACGCCGCUACCAGGAUAAUGACCCGGAGCCGAAGCCAACUGCCGAUUUUCUCAUCGGAAACGGGCAACGUGUAGAACUGUCGCUUGACCUGACAACCCGCGAUACAUGGAUUGUGGACAAAAACUGCGGCACUGAGCUGUGCGAUAUGGGCACCAUCGGGUUCGACGCGACCCAGUCGGUGACGUUCCGCAAUUCGACACUGCCCUUCCACGGCACCUUCUACGACGAGCUGAAUGGGGUGCACGCCGUCGCCGGGUUUGCCGUCAUCGACCAGAUGCAGUUGAGCACAUACCCUCAGAAUGACCGCACGUGGCGCUCCGUUUUUGCCGUCGUCAACGCGCGCGACACGAACAGCACCAUGGGCAAUUGGCCGUACUAUGGAGCGGUCGGCCUAGCCCCCGGAGAUGGUGACCUCCUCGACCCGGUGCUCCCUCAUCUCCUCCAGGGCUACAGUGAUCAAGUGCUGACGGUGUGGAUGCAUGAUCAAGACGGAUACCAGUUCUUCGGCGGGUUCUUCCCCGGCUCCUAUGAGUUCGACUGGACCCAGAAUUGUGACAACACCACCUAUUUCACCACGCCUGUCACCGAGCCGACCACGUGGCGCUUUGCUGUCAAUGGCGUAAACGUCGGCACAUACACGCGAAAACAGACGGAACAAGCCGAGAUCAACGCGCAGUCGAUGCUCACAGGGGUCCCGCCGCUUGUCUACAACGCUAUCGUCUCGUUAACCGGGGCAAAGCCUGGAAACAGCAAUUUGCUGAACAUCGACUGCCGCAAAAUCGACUAUCCCGACAUAACGAUCACGAUCGGCAAGCAGAAUAUCACCGCCUCGCAGGACGUUUAUGUCUCACGAGAUAUGGAAAACGGGGACCAAGUGUGCCGACUUCUCUUCUACGCCACGCAAUCAUCUGGCUUUGCCCCCGCAUGGAAGCUGAGCUAUCUCUGGCAAGUUUCAAAAACCAUAGCCGUUAGCCCCUUCCAGGUUCUAUCAAAUGUGCUUCCACUUCAACACGAGCCCUCUCUCCGUCGGAUUCUCGCAGCAAACGUGGUAACACAAAGCCGAAAAUAUUGCCGAGCCACGCGAACAGUAAAUAUUUAUCAGUGCUAUAAAUGCCAGGCGAAG